CCUCGAUCUGGAGCCUAGCAACUCUUCAGGAAACGAUCGCCGCGCCGGCUCGAUCGCGUGCCGCCCGCAGUGUCACGUGCGCUCUCGAUCGUCCCGGUAGAUCAUGCUGACGGUUCGCGCCGCGAAAUCCCGGUGCCGUCGAUCACACAACGGAGGAGCCAAAAGUGUUGUCGUCGUGGUACGCGCGAACGUGUGUCCCAGCCACGUGGAGCACGUCGUCGUGGAAUUUUAAGUGACGUUCGCCCAGUGUCGCGGCUUGUGCGAAACAAUCUGAUGCGUGACAACCCGCGUUUCCGGACCGUCUGAACCAGGAACGAAGAACCGAAGGAUUGGCUGGAGCGGCUCUCGAAGAAACGGUCAAAAUGGGACGUUAUCGCUUUUCAUUCUGGUUGGUCCUCGCCUGCCUGGUCGGUGACGUGCUGCCACAGUACAGGGAGAAGAACAUAAGCGGCACCGAGACAGACGCGGUCCAGGCGAUCCUGGCCAGAUACCUUCAGAGGCGUCUUCAGGGCUCGCAGCUGUCGACCCCGCCGCCGCCGGCGGUCCUCUUCAGCAGCAACAACCAGGCCAGAGUGAGACAGGCCGCGCAGAGGGCCGCCAGCAACGGCAACGCCCUGUCCAGGAACGCCAGCCAGAAAGAGAGGCGGGACGACGACGCCGAGGAUUACGACGAUUACGAGGACGACCUUCAAGGCUACGAGGACAGCGAGAGGAGCAGGACCAGAUUCGAUCUGUUUGCCGACGACUGUCCGAACUGCGUGGACGAGCAGAGCAGCACUCUGGCCGCCUCAAGAUGGACGAUGCCGCUGCUGAAGCUCGGCGAGAAGAGAUACUACCUGGGGAUCUUCUUCAAGGCGAACUGGUACAGAGCGUCCCAAUACUGCCGUUACCACGGUAUGCAUCUGGCGAGCAUCGCCUCCCAGGAGGAGAACGACAGGCUCGAGAAACAUAUUAAGGACUUCGGGCUCGGGCACGAACACUUCUGGACCUCUGGCACCGACCAGGCCGAGGAAGGCACUUUCUUUUGGAUGGCGAACGGCAGGCCGAUCACUUUUGAGAACUGGAACGUCGGCGAGCCGAACAACUUCAGAUACGAGAACGGCGAGGAGGAGCACUGUCUCGAGCUGUGGAACAGGGACGGCAAAGGGCUGAAGUGGAACGACAGCCCGUGCAGCUUCGAAACGUUCUUCGUCUGCGAGGUGCAGUGAUCGGGCGGAACGUAUUCGAAAGUCGUCGGGGCCGCGCGAUCCGAUCCAUGAUCCCCGCGCGAUCCAUACAUCAACGUUUACCCACGAGUCAUCCACGGGUCUUGGCCGGAAGCCGGGGCUCGACGCGACGCGCUUCGCCAUCGAUUUCCUUUCGCUUCUGUGGACCCCGGAACAGACCGGAUGAAAAGUGACUUUCAAUGUGUGUGUCUCUCUCUCUCUUUGUGUGCGUGCGUGGUGUACGCGCGCACGCCUGUGUGUGCGUGGCAGUGCCGCGUUUCACGGCCAGGCCGGCUCACGGUUACGUCGGGAGAGUGCGUUCUUUCUCCCUUUUCGCGGGAUCGACGAUGGAUCACCGCCGCCUCGGGAAGGAUCGCGACAGGACAAUGCGAUCAGGCCGCGAUCGACGCGAUCGAUCAAUUUAGAAACGUUUACGGGAUUCGAGCCUGUGAUUCGACUUAUCGAGCCGCCUGGCCCUCGAUACGGAUUAUAUUAUCUCUCGACGUUCAUUCGGGGGAAUGCAACGCGGCGAACGCAGUUCUCUCGUUGCGAUCGUACGACGCUCGUUCUCGAUUUUUUCUUUUUUCUUUUUUUCUACGAUUUCUUUAUCUAGACUACCGAUUCGGAACGAAUCCGUCCGAGCAUCCGAAAGGAUUCUCGGAUGCGCGCGCGAUCGAUUCGCGACGAUUCGCCUAGUUUCCGGCUGUUAAUCUGAACAACUCGAUUGUCCGAACCAAAUAAGAAAACGGAGACGUUCGGAUAAUGGAGACGUUGCCUUGACGAAUCCUAAGGCGAAAUUAUUGUUAAUUUGCAACGCGGUAAAUCGGCGCGGAUUUGGACUGUUCGCGCGAAAAACACAUAUACAGUAAUGUCUCUCUAAUUGACGCUCGGAUUGUGCACAAAAAUGGACAAUUUGGGAAGGGGAGAUA